GUGCGCGCCGUUGACGUUCGACACGUCAUUGGGAUCCUGUUGUCGCUCUUCAGAUUGUUUUCCUGCCGCUGAAAAUCCCCGGAAAAUGGUGUCGGUGCUAAAUUCAGUUGACACGGGCCACGAGGAUCUGAUCCACAGCGCCGAGGUGGACUACUACGGCCUCCGGCUGGCCACCUGCUCGUCCGAUCACACCGUGAAGGUGUUCGACAUCAAGGGCGGCAAUCACCGGCAGAUUGCGGAGCUCCGCAGCCACUGUGGCCCCGUGUGGCAGGUGGCGUGGGCGCAUCCGCGCUUCGGCAACAUCCUGGCGUCCUGCUCGUACGACCGGAAGGUGAUCGUGUGGAAGGAGGCGGAGGAUUGGGGCAAGUGCUAUGAGUACGGCAACCACGACUCCUCCGUCAAUUCCGUGGCCUGGGCGCCGCCCGAGCACGGCCUGAUCCUGGCGUGCGGCUCCUCCGACGGCACCAUCUCCAUCCUCACGUGCAACACGGCACAGGACACGUGGGAGGCGAAGCGCAUCCCCAAUGCGCACACCAUCGGCUGCAAUUCCGUCAGUUGGUGUCCAGCGGCGCUUCCGGAUGCUUCCUUUGACCAGAGUGCCAGAGCCACGCCGGCGCCCAAGCGGCUGGUGUCCGGCGGAUGCGACAAUUUUGUGAAGAUCUGGCGCGAGGACGGCGAUCGAUGGGUUGAGGAGAGUCGCCUGGAAUUGCACACGGAUUGGGUUCGCGACGUCGCGUGGGCGCCCAACAUUGGCUUGCCCAACACGCAGAUCGCCUCCUGCAGCCAGGACAAGCGCGUGAUCGUGUGGAGCAGCGACAACCAUGUCAACUGGACGCCCACCGUGCUCAACGUCUUCGACGACGUGGUGUGGAACGUGAGCUGGUCAGCCACUGGCAACAUCCUGGCCGUGUCCGGCGGCGACAACAACAUAACGCUGUGGAAGGAGAACAAUGACCGCCAGUGGAUUUGCAUCAGCAACGAUUCCAAUCCGCCCAGCAAUGGCGCCGAGAAGAAUCUCUGAGCGCGCGGAGUCAUAAUUCUUUCGAUUUUUUCCAAUAAACGCUGUUCUUCUCAUGCA